AUGAUCUCCCCCUCAAAGAUGCAGAAUCCUUCGUGUCUGCUUUAUGGUCCUGGAGAUGCCCGAUUCGAAGAUCAGCCCCUUCCUAUCAUAGAAGACCCUUACGAUGUGAUCAUUCGGAUUGCUUAUACCGGCGUGAGCGGAAGUGAUGUCGAUUUUUGGUUUAAUGGAGGGACCGAGAAGUCUGUCUCGGAGGAUGAUCCUCUAAUACUGGGUCAUGAAGCCUCGGGCAUUGUACAUGCCAUUGGUCCGGGAGUAUUAAACCUUCAACUAGGCGAUCCUGUCGCUAUAGAGCCCGGCGCUCCAUGCCGACUCUGUAGUCGCUGUAAACUAGGCAAAUAUAACCUCUGUCCUGAGAUGAGGUUUGCCGCCUCGCCACCUUUCCAUGGCACAUUGACAAAAUAUUAUAAAAUUCCAGCAGACUGCUGCUACAAGAUUCCGCCUAGUGUGGGAAUAUCCUUUGGCCUUGACGAAGCGGUGCUUAUUGAACCCUUGGCUGUGGCUGUACACUCAGUUCGUCAGCUUGGCGUGCAACCUGGUGAUAAGGUUGUUGUUUUUGGUGCAGGUACCAUUGGAUUACUCUGUGCAGCUGUGGCGCGUGAGUUCGGUGCUUCGACUAUUAUGUCGGUGGAUAGAAAUCGGGAUAAAUUGGAUUUCGCGCAUUCGUUCGUUCCGAAUGGACGAUUGUCUUUUUCUACUGCGAUUCCUAAUCAGUCCCUUUCGUCGGAGGAAAAUGCGCAGUGUCUUAGAGGUAUGCAUCGGAGUUCGCAUUUUACUGAGUCUGAUGUCCCCGGCUUUGAUGUUGCAAUUGAGGCUACGGGUGUGGAUUAUUGUAUUCAGAUGGCGAUUCAUUCCUUGAGGGUUGGUGGUUCCUUUGUGCAGACGGUGUUGGGAAAUACGAGGAAUGUGGUCUUUCCUAUUGCAACGGUCUUGGAGAAUGAGAUUAAUGUCAAGGGGUGUUUCCGGUAUGCGGCGGGUGAUUUCAAGAUGGCGCUUGAAUUGGCAUUUACACGGAAAAUUGAGUUGAAGCCUCUCAUUACGAAUGUGGUGGAUUUUGAGAAUGUGACGGAGGCUUGGGAGACUGUGAGACUUGGUCAUGGAAUCAAGACCUUGGUUCGGGGAGUUGGGUAUAAUGACGAUCUAGAAGAUUUCUUAUCUCCCACAUCGCUCUACAUCAUGUAA